GAAGGAUUUCAGCAGCUAGCCCAUGCAAAUAUCGAAUAGCCGGGUGGUGAGCGCUGAAGGCUGGGCUCCCCUGAUGCUCCUCCAGCCUCGGAGAGUGUGAUAACGGACCUCUGCUUUAUAAAACCGUUAUCGAGAGCCUUUCCCCCCUUUUUGUCUCACGGAGUACAGGAGCGAUGAUGCAAUCUCAAGGAAGCACUUCCACUCUGCCUUCUUUUGAUUCCCUGAGCUCCAGCGACAGCCUCUUGCUCAGCGACUCGGAACAGGCUGAGGACGAUUCGGACGUCUUUCUGGCCGGCAACUCCUCCUCGGUCGUCGUCGGUGGGACGGGCGGGGCUGAGGCCAAAAAAGAUGAAGGAUCAAAAAGCCCCGGGUCCCAGUGGAAUGGUUUAACAGAUAAAGCGGAAGAGGAGGAAGAAGUGUACAGGUCAAAGGGCGACGGCAGUCGCCUGGGCCUGGAGGAGACGGGUCCUAUGAGCCAGAAACCAAAAUCACAGGGAGAUCUGCUGUUUGCUCAGAAGUGUGCUGAGCUGCAGGGUUUUGUCAGGCCUCUGCUGGAGCUGCUGAAUGGACUGAAGAAGGGCCGGUUCGACCACGGUUUAAGUAGUUUCCAGCAGAGCGUCGCUAUGGAUCGCAUCCAGAGGAUUGUUGGGGUUUUGCAGAGACCCAACUGUGGGGAGAAGUACUUGAACACCCUGCGUCAGGUGGAGAUGAUGUUAAAGCUUUGGUUCCCCCAAAUCUCCACUCAGUCUGUGACUUCGUCCUCUAGUGUGGCCACUUCCCCUGCUCGCUCCCUCCUGGACACUUCCAGCUUGACCCCGCCACAUAAACACAGGGAUCAGUUGCAUAUCCCCGUAAAGAAGCGCAGACUCAGCUGGACUGGCACGGACUCCCCCACGCCGUCCCCGGUGCCCACCAAGUGUCCCCGUGUCGGUGCACACAAGAGGAGGUUGAAGCACAGUCAGGACGAAAAGGAUCAUUCCCCCUCUUCUCCACUUCUGGCAUGUGAUGCAAAUCAAUAUUUGCCAGAUGUGUGCAACAGGCAGGUGAAGGGAAAUGACUGCAGCAACGAGGAACCGGACGCACUGUCGGUGUACAGAGCAGCUCAGAGCUCCGAGCCGAGGGAGACGUGGGUGCACGUCGCUCCCAUCUCGUCCCCGCGGAAAGCCUGUCCCACGCACGAGGCCACAGAAAGGGAGGAUAACAUCAAAAACCUCAUCGCACCAAACGGGAAGAGCAGUCCAGCUACACAAGACAGCUCCGUCUCAUCCACCACCCCCUCUGAGCGUCCCAAAAACCAGAAGAAGCCAAUCCAGUGCCAAAGCCAGCCUGUUCUUGUGCAGCAGACCACCGGGACAUGUCAAGGUCAAAACCAUUCCUCACCCGUCGCGAUGAAGCCUCUGCCCGGGGUAAAGCCCUCCACUGUAGAGACCUGAUGAACGAGCAAAACGCCGGCAGCUUCCACCUCCUUACAUCACCAGGCCUCAAGCUGCUGCGACACAAAGAAGGGAAGAGGAUGACAGCCUGAGAUUCCUAAUGAAUUGUUUUGAGGAAGAUAUAACAAUCACAGGUAAAAUGAUUAUAUCUAAUUCGAUGCAUCUAAUUGGACUUAUUACAAACUUAUCGUGAUUACAUGAUGAUCUACAAAUGCACAAGAGGAAAACGGAACAUCUAAAGAUACUUGAACUGAUAUUUACUUUUCAGCAUGGAAGCAAUCAAUAUAUUCAAAGAUGUCUAUAUUUUUAGCACGUCUUUAACUUGAAGGACUAACACUAGAAGCAGAAAAAUCUGAUGUCAGUAUUAAAAGGAAAGCUUAAAAAAUAUAACAGACUCCAGAGUAAAUAAUGGAGCUGAUUUUGAUCUAUUGGCAGACAUGACUUUCACUUUGCAGAGAAGUUUUGAAGUGAGUAAAGAACGUUUUAUUGCUCGUGACGUGGGAAAU